GCGAGUCCAUUUCGCGGCCUGUUUAAACGACAACUGUGACGGAACCUUCACGGUCAAGGGAAAUUAUCAAAAUAAGGCCACUUCCCUGCGCAAAGGAGGCAAGAUUUCAGCCGACGCCCCUCCCAUAGUCGUCUCUCGGGAGCCCCUGACCGGUGGCAGUCCCAUACCCGAGCCGCAACUACCCUCUUACCUCGCAUCCAAAAAGCCUCCGCUGGGGCUCAGGGGACGGAAAGAACAAGAAUACCGGCGCAUUGAAACUAGAAUUUCUUUACUUAGGAGGGGCAACGCGGCGGAUCUAUGGGCAUAUAUCCAACCACGAUUGAACUCAACAACGGAGAUGCCGUCAAGUACCACGAUGAAGCAUCUCCUUAGCCUACCAAAACAGCGGGAUGUCAAGUACAACACGCAUCGCAGGCGCAAGCCCUUCAUCGAGAAGGGCUCUCGCGAUGUCGCUGCCAUGAUCAUCCAGGUCACCGGCGACGAAGUAUUAAGGAAGUGCAAGAGAUGCGGGCAAGGGAAAGGGCCCUUUGAGGGUUGUGUGGUUGUGGCCCAGGCGGCGCACGACAGAGCAAAACGACGGUACCCCUGCUGUGCUAACUGCCUUUUUGGCGGCAAGAAGUUGCAGUGCACCCUGGCGAAGUCGACCCGGACGCGGACCUCGCUGGCUGCAAGCGCAGCUGCACAAUCACCCGGCGUUUCCGCGCCGUCCAAGGAGGUAAAUGAAGCAGGCUUUCAUGGAGAACCGCGGACUCAGCAGAGCACCGUCGAUGACGGCAUUUCUACCACUCCUGCCUCGCCGAGCCUGUCCGACCUCUCAACAGCCACGGCACUCGCCUCUCACGGCACGUUCCAGUGCCCGCAUGACAUGAUCGAGAUGGAGGAUUGGGAAAUAGCUCCAGGCCGCAUCCGCGGGACAUCUAUUAUCGCCGAGCCGGAAACGAUCGCCUUCUCCAAACCGUACCUCUCCAAUACCACCAGCACGCCGCAUGCCGCCGUGCCGGUCUGCGACGACGUGGGUUUCCGGGUCGACACCGUUCAGCCGGGUGACAAGCUGCUGCUCGAUGCCGAAGCGGACAAGACGCGGCUGUGCAGUGUGGCAGCGGGCAAGGUGCGGGUCAGCAUCGGCGGCGAGCCCGAGUUCGUCUUGGGCCCACACGGCUUGUUCAAAGUCCGAGCCGGAGCGGCGUGUACGGUGCGGAACGAGCUGUCUUUUGAUGCCGUUUUGCAUACGGUUGUCUUGGGCGGAUACUAAGAACGGUUGGGUAGGAGCAAAGAAGCUUCAAUCCCAUGGGUAAAGGGGGCCGGGGGGGGAGGGGUUCCCGAAAGUUGUGGACAAUCAUGUUUCGAUAGCGGUUGGACCACGAGCUCUUGCGUAAGGCACAAUGUUCUGUUGCCACAAACGGCAUCACGUUGGUCAGGUAGUUUUUCCUAGUUUUCCCUUGUCAUGUAAUUAGUAAUUGUCCUGGUAAGUGUAUUAAUUAAAAGUGUAAUUAAGUCGUG